GACAGAUCGUGCGGUGGCACCUAGUGAGAAACAAAUAAGAAGAAAAUCUAAGAAAUAUCGGAUAUUCCGGAAUAAAACUUAAGAAUGUGCUCAAGAAACUUGUUACUCGUACUCCUAAUUAUGAUAUUAAUGUCAAACGCAGAGAAAGUUGAAGGGCAGUGGAAGAGACCAAAUGUCAUCUUCAUUAUUGCGGAUGAUAUGGGUUAUGAUGAUGUUAGCUUUCACGGCUCGAAUCAGAUCAUGACGCCGAACAUCGACCUGCUGGCGUACACAGGCGUUGCCUUGGAGAGAUACUACACUCAUGCUGCAUGCACGCCUUCGCGCUCUGCUCUACUCACUGGCAAAUAUGCUCAUGUCAUAGGCAUGCAAGGAUAUCCUUUAACAAACAGUGAAGAUAGAGGUUUGCCAGUAACUGAGAAAAUUAUGCCGCAGUAUUUCAAAGAGCUCGGUUACGCCACGCACUUGGUCGGCAAAUGGCACGUCGGCCAAUCCCGUACCGAGUUCCUGCCAACGAUGCGGGGAUUUGAUACACAUUUUGGUCACAGAGGGGGUUUUAUAGACUACUAUGAAUAUACACUCCAGGAAGAGAAUGGAGUUGAGGAAGUGACUGGAUUCGGACUAUUUAGAAAUUUAAGCGUUGCCUGGAAUGAUGAGGGUUAUAUUACCGAUCUUUACACCAAGGAGGCAAAAUCAAUAAUUAUGGCACACGAUGAUUCUCAGCCGUUAUUUCUAGUAGUAGCACACAACGCACCACAUUCUGCUAACGAGGCGGCUGUACUGCAAGCACCUCCUGAAGCAGUUAGAGCCAUGCGGCACAUUGAGUCACCACAAAGAAGAAUUUACGCAGGCAUGGUCAAAAAGCUUGACGAAAGCGUUGGUGAAAUUGUUAAAACACUAUUAGAAAAGAAUAUUCUUAAUAACACUAUCAUCGUGUUCGUAUCCGAUAAUGGCGGUAUGACAUCGGGAGAUUCAAUGAAUUAUGCAUCUAAUUGGCCUUUGCGAGGUCUUAAAAUGACUCCAUUUGAGGGUGGUAUUAGAGUUAACGGAUUAAUAUGGUCUCAGAAUUUGACUGAAGAUAGUCAUUCUUGGAAAGGAUAUUUUCAUGUGUCUGACUGGUUACCGACUUUGAUGAAAGCUGUAGGUGCAGAUCCGCCAUUAGGAAUUGAUGGCUUCGAUUUGUGGGAUAACAUUGUUAAAAAUAAACCCUCUAAAAGGACUGAAUUGUACGAGUUUGAUGAUAUUGGGGGGUAUUUUACAAUUAUUUAUAACGAGUACAAACUGGUGACAGGACAUAUACCAACUGAAUUCGGGGAUUAUCAAGGUGGUGAAGAACUUAAAUCUAUUAUAGGAAAUGGACCUGAUUAUAAUGAAACUCUACAAAGUAGUGUCAUGUAUGAUGUGCUCUGCAGUAUGGGUAAACAAUUUGAUUUUGAAAAAGCUAAGCUGCGAGACAAAUUGAGAUUAACUUGCAGCAAAGAGGUCAAGGAAAAGUCUCACAUUUGCUUUCCACAAAACACUCUGUGGUGCUUGUACAAUGUCAUAGAGGACCCGUGUGAAACCAAAAACCUGAGCAAGAACAACUACAGAUUUAUUCGCAGCAUGUUGAAUCGUCUACAAAAGGAAAUAACUAGGAGCAUACCUAGGCAACAAGUGAAAAGGGACCCAAGAUCUUCACCGCGACUACAUAAUUACACUUGGGAUGUUUGGGCUGACGACAUCAACCCCAAUAUAGUUAAAAGUUAAGACUUUAUUCGUUAAAUACGCAAUUAAUUCGUAUAGUUAAUAAGUGUGAUCAUAUUAGAACUAAAUACUAGUUUUAAAAUAAUAUUAUUCACAAUGUUUUGCAUGCAGUACAAAUGUUUAUAGCUUUAGAAAUGCAUUAUUCCUAAAGAGGAGGUUAAAUCCAAUUAAGUUAAAUUUUCCUUUCUUACCAAACACAAAGUUGUUAAGUUGAGAACAUUAAUAUUUCAGCGAGUCGUCAACAUACUUAAAAAAAUUAUGAACCGUUAGACAUGACUAGCUUGUAUUUUAAAUUAUUUCAAAUUAAAUGUUUUUACGUUAAUUUUAAGGUAAA